AUGAAGCACUCCCUUGUCGCCGCAACCGACCGUAGCGGAAAUUCUAUCGUAAGCUCGAUCCCCGAUUCGUUGCGCGCCGAGCUCGCGGGAUGGCUGCAGGAUCGGAUCGUGCAGGCGGAGUCGCAAUUCCGGAGCGGGCUGUCCGGCGCGCCAUGGCAUGCGCAUGACAAGGCGGGGAGUGCCACGGCGCGGGGAACAAACAGCGUUACCAGCGCUACCAGCAGCGCUACUGCUGGCAGCGGUGGCGGUAGCAGGAGUGACGGAAGGACAAGGAAGGUGGAGGGUUGGCGGGAGCAACAGCAGGCGCUGCACCGCAUUGUCGAUUUUUGGAGACGAGCCGUGCAUCUGUACGGCAGCUACAAGCUGUGCCAGGUGCGCGUGCGCCUAAGCAGGCUGAGCGAGGAGCAGCGGCGGGCGGCAUGGGAGGAGCAGCACGAGCGGGGGGCGGAGAUUCUGCACUCGCUCUGCACGGAGAUGCAGGGCUUCUUCCUCAAGGCAGGGCAGUUCCUGGCCAAGCCACACAUGUCCCUUCCUGCAAAAGGCGUUGUCGUCUCCACUCUUCAUUCAUCCCCAUCCCUUCUCUCCUCCCCUUUCUCUCUCCUCCUAACCCCUCCAGGCAGGGCAGAUCCUGGCCAAGCCACACAUGCAGGGCAGUUCCUAGCCAAGCCAGACAUGUCCCCCCCAGCCUGGGUGCGUCGCCUCGCCCCCCUCCACGACAGUGCGCCCGCAGACCCCUUCCCUCUCGUCCGACGCACCGUCGAGGCUGAGCUGGCACGUGCUGACGUGGCAGGGAGUGACGUGGCAAGUGCUGCUGACGUGGCACGGGUGCGGCUGGAAGACGUGUUUGCGGAGUUUGAGGAGGAGCCGGUUGGGUCUGCGUCCAUUGCCCAGGUGCACAGGGGCAGGCUGAAGGAUGGGCGCAGAGUCGCCAUCAAGGUGCAGCGCGCGGGGGCAGAGAGGCUGAUGCUGAUGGACCUGGCGAAUCUGCGUCUCUUUGGCGCCUUCCUGCAGCGCGCCGAGCUCAAGGUGGACCUGCUGGGACCCAUAUCUGAGCUGGAGCAGCAGGUGCGUGCACCAGGUGCAUGCGGUGCAGGGUGUACAGUGCAGGUGCACCCAACGCACCGAGCUCAAAGUGGACCUGCUGGGACCGAGCUGGAGCAGCAAGAGCGUGCAUGA